AUGCAGAAUGCGGAUGAAACUUGGAUGGUUCUCAUCAAUGCCACUCCCUACAUGUGGAAGAGGAAAUACAUCCACCAGUACCAGAUGCCUGACUGGUUAUCUGCCUGCCCCGAAUACAUUCUUCCGGGCCAAUCUGUUUCCGUUUGGAUCAGGCCGGCAAAAGGGGCUUUCAACUGGAAAGACUCUGGCGCUGAUGUCGAGUAUCAUCUUAUGGGCACCUCGAAGCCAACGUCAUUCAUGGCCAGCUUCAGCAACGGCUACCCCAGCACUCUCAAAAUCCAAUUUCGGGAAGAACUGUUCUCUAUAAACAAUCUCAAAGACAGCAAGCACAAUCUUGGAGUGAACAAAUUUCCCGGUGGCUCGGCCUUUAUUCUCGCCGGCACAGAAGGCGAGUUCAUCAGUAAUGAUCCGCCCAUCGACUGGAUGCAAUCCAUGCUCCCGGAACUCGCCGACGUUGCCUUGCGAAAGAUUCUCCUCCCAAGAUCGCACCACUCCGGCAUGUGGAAAACGUUUCGGGGCGUUGGCUUUGCAGCGCAAGCAAACACAGUGACUCAAAGCAUCCAUCUUCACCACCAGCUCGGAGAUGGCGGUAUCCGCGUUCUUGAUUUUCGUCCCGUCAGAAUCGGAGACGACUUUCACGAGUCACACGGCGACCACCUACUUGGCAUGUACCAUGGUCAUUUGGGGGCAUCUCUGAGCGAGAUGAUUAGGUUCGUCAACGAGUUUAAUCGGAAAUAUCCUGGAGAGCUGAUCAUCUGGGAUGUACACGGCGACCAGGCUUGGAACGGGGAUCAUGGUUUUCGCCCGCUGGAUCAACAAGACCGAGAGGCUCUAUAUGCCCAGUUCUUGGAUCUGGAGCAUCGAAUGAGCUUCCCCGAUAACGACACGGAUGUCUCUCAGUGGCCACUCGACCGCUUCAUUGGCAACAGGUCCUCUGCCGUCAUCGUCAACUUUGAUGAGACUUGGCGCCAAAUGGAUGGCGAUAAGUUUCCCGGCAGUCAACAAGGAUUCGUGACGGGCAGGAAUUUCCCUCUUACCCACCGGUGGAGCAACGCUGGACACGUCCACGACAUGGUUCAAGAUCAAGUCAACAAGUUCCACGAGGUGCGUUGGACGCCAGACAGCCCGGUGCACAUUGCCGACUGGGUGAUAACUCAGCAGGGCAUACAGGCGGCGCUGCCUACACACAGCAUCUUGGAACUGGCAGCUCCUGCGUGGCGAUCGCUGUUUGAGGAUCUGUGGCGGCAGUCGACGAGCGAAACGUAUCCGAACUGGGUGGGAGUGGACAAUGUGCGCGGCAACCAGCACAAGAGCCUUAUCAUGGCGAUGAAUCACUGUUUGGUGGCUAAGAAAUGUGGUGAGAUGCUUGGCAAGGUAAAAAUGGGAGACGCGGAGAAGUAG